AUGUCAUCAAUUGUGUGUCAAGGGUUGCAAUCGUGCCUUGAGCCUCGGCUCAUCGAACCACGUGUUUUGAGGCACAAAUUGGGUCCAAACUCUUCUUCCCAAUCCCUUCCAUGGCCUCAAAGGCCUUCCGUGUUGCGACAUCAACAAGAACACCAAGAGAAUUCUCAUAAUGAAGAAGAAAAGAGCAACAAAAACAACAACAACGGUGACUUGGGUGGUUGGAGCUUCAUACAAGCCCUCACCGGCACGUCUCACAAUUGCAAAGAAGUGACCGAGAAGGAGAAAGUCUAUGUCCACCCUCUUGUCAAGCUCUCUUCUUCAACUCUAAGCAACAAAAGCUUGGAAAUGUGCACUGAGAGUUUGGGAAGCGAAACUGGCAGCGACAUUAGCGAAAGAAGCGAUGAAAUCACUUCACUUUCGUUGAAGAGUGAGAACACUCACUUGACAGAGCGAUCAAAAGCCGAAAAAUUCUCAAAGAAACUCACUAGCAGUGCUAGUUUUCCUCCUCCCCUGACUUCGAUCAGUGGAUCAGACAACGUUCGAGUAAGGCCUUGUCGCGAAGGUGGCCGGUUAGUUCUAAAAGCUGUCACAGUUGCUCCUUCCAGCACUUUCUUUCAAACCGAGCGUGUCAAUGGCCGGCUUAGGCUUUGUUUGCUGAAUUGUGACAGUUAUGAAGUAGUUGAGGGAGUUGAUGCAACUAAAGCUGGAGGAGAAUAUUAUGAUGGUGAUGGUGAUGGAGGGAAUAGUGGGAAUGUUGGGUGUGAAAUUGAGAUUGGAGAGUUUCCAAGGCCAAGUAGGUGCAAAGAAGGUGGUGGGAGUGGGAACAAAGGGAUGUCAAGUUUGGGACCAUUUUGGGUGGCUAUUUCUUAA